UAUUAAAAAAGAAGAUUAUUUUUAUGACAACUUUUCAUUAUUUGGUAUCCACGAUUCUUUAAUUCCUAUUCAGAAAUUUAGGUUAUUUAUCAUACAUGUAGAAUGUAUCAAACAAAAUGAGUACAAAAACAAAGUUAAUCGAAAAAAAUGGAACUUCGAAGUCCAAUUUACCCUCAGCGUGGUCUAGAGCAUUUUCUUCGAAUUCAGAAUGGCCAGAUAAGGAAGAAUUUUUGGAUGUGAUUUAUUGGUUUAGGCAAGCUUUAGGAAUACUAUUAGGAAUAAUUUGGGGACUGAUAGCACUUAAAGGAUUCUUAGGACUUAUGUUAUUUGCUGUCAUCAAUGCUGGUUUAAUAUAUCUUUACUUUAGUAAUUUCCAAAAUGUUGAUGAAGAUGAAUAUGGAGGUGCAUGGGAAUUAACAAAGGAAGGUUUUAUGACAUCUUUUGCAGGUUUUUUAGUAACCUGGAUAAUAAUCUACUCUGGUUUAUAUUAUGAUGUAGAAACGAUACAAUCAUAACCCAAGGGUUAUUCUUAAAUAAAUUUCAUUCCAUUUAAAAAAGAAAUUUACAUUUUAAAUAUAAAAAUUAAUUUUUCUGAUUUUAUAGUGAAGAGUUAAAUCAAUCAAUAAAUUAUCCAAUACAUUUUUUUUAAAUUGAUAUUAAUAUUCAAGUGUUUAAUAUAAAAUAGUGUAUGGAAUUGUUAACAAUGUUGUCAGUAAUGACUAAUGACAUACAAUUUUUUUCUUUACCUUUGUUUCCUAAUAUAAUUCACGAUUUGAAAAAUAUAUAUAAAACUAAAUACAUGCGGUAGCUCAUUCAGUCUUAAAUUAUGUAAAAAAAAUUUAAUGAAACGAUUUUUAAGCUAAAAUUUCAAAAAUUAUGGAAAAAUGUAUUUAGUUUGCUUCCGAAUAUUUCAAAACUAUUAACAAAUGAGGAAUUGAAAAGGAAGAUUCUUAAAGAAAAUUAAAAGAAGGAAACUGCCACCCUAAACUCUAUUGAUGUUGAUUGAUAAAAUGGAGAGAUGAAUAUAUAACAAAAAUUAAGGAAGAAGAUUUUUGAGAGAGUGAUGAAAAAUUAACGUUUAAACUAAUUUUAAGUUUUUAUCAAAAUAUUUAAAUUUAUGUUUCAUACAUCGCACAUUCUAUGAGGUUUAUCUCUGUUUUCCAACUUCUGAAACGACUAUAUAAAAAUACUUUUCACUAUGCAAAUGGAGUAAUUGGUUGUCUUUUUCCAAUUCACUCCUACCUACUUGUGAUAUUUCCUCGUAAAACGGUUAUGUCCUAUGGUAUUUGUACUAGAUUAUAAUGGUUAAUAAAAUAAUACUGAGUAA